AAACCCCGGUGCCUCCUGCUACAGAGCAGGACCUGCACAGGCAGGGUCCUCGGGGGAUUUUUCCAGUGGCAUCCAGCCAUGUCACACAGCAGGCCAGGCUGGCCUUGCAGCAGCACUCAGUUUGGAGCAGGGUGAACAAAUGUGGCACCACCACCGCCCAGAUGAGCUGCAGGACAAAUGGGGGGGCGGGGGGGCAGGAAACACCACGAGACUGCAGAAAGUCUGAAAUUCAGAGCAUCUGGGACCACAUGGAGCAGGCGGCCUUCCCAACAGGCUGUUGUUUAGCUCAGCCCUUGCCCUGCCUCCUCUCUCCCCCCGCAGGAGGCUCGAGAACCCGCAGGGGCCAUUCCCUGUUGCUGGGCACUCUGAAACCGCAGCAGCGGCCGUGGGAUGGAGCCUGAGCGCCCGCGGCUCUCCAGCAGCUCCCAGCGCUGCCUGCAGGAAGGGGCACGGCAGCGCCAUGUUCACCACUGUGAGAUUCGGAGGCAGCUGGGGGUAGCCGGGCACCUGGGCCACCCUCGUCACCCCCACAAGGGGCGGGGAGGGACACAGCACCUGGUGCACAGCAAUGGCCAGUGCUGAGGGAACGGGCAGGAGAGCCCUGCCAGGCACAGCAGCAUCCUGCACCUCGCUGCUUUUCAAAAAGGGGAGAGCUGUUACCCCUAUACUCCAAAUCACAGGGAAACCACCCCAGCAGAGCUGAGUCAAGCACAGGGAGGGAGGCUGGAGGUGAGGAGGAGCUCCCAGCCUGGCAGCUCUGGGAAAGCACCGCAGGGGGCUCUGCUUAUCUAGACACAACCAGAAGAGCUGUGGGGCACAAGUGCCAGGUGCCAGCAGAGCUCCUCUGUUCUGGGCUGUGUGGGAAGGGUUCCCUGACUGAAAACCUGGCUCUCAGUGUCAGAGAGCAGGCAUUUGUGGGAAGGAAUGAGCAGCCCCUAUCCUGAGCUUACCCAGCUGGCUGAAAGCCUUGGCCUUACCCCAGACACUCGUGGCUGAAGCCAUCAGACACACACACAGUCCUAAGCCUUUGCUCCCUCUGCUAUUUGAAUUGGAUCCCCAGCUCUGACUACUGACGUGUGUCAGCCCUGGGGGAUUUCUCAAUUGUGACAAACUCGGUCAGAGUUCAUGGCCAAAAUAUCCCUGGGUGACUCAGCCACAGUCUCCAGCUCGUUCCCCUUGUGACUGGGAACAGCCCCUAGGAGGGCGCUGCCAAGGACCAGGGCUCACUGCUUUUUCCUACACACGCUUGAUGAAACAAAGGUGAAGGACAGAAACACUUCAUCAAUCAGAACCAUUUUCCCCAAAUGAAAGUGCUCAUCUUCUCCCCUUGCCCUGGGGCACUCUCAGCACCCACUACCCGCAGCCAUGGCUGUAAUGCAGCUGCUCAAAGCCCUGCUGAUGCCACGUGGGGGUCCUGCCUUUGCUGGCCACCGUGGGCACCUCUGAGCCACCUGCUGUGCCUCCUGCCAUGCCCAUGCGGUCCCUGGGUUUGGGGUUCUCGGGGGUCUCUUAGGUUGAGAUGACCCCAAGAAGUGUUAGAAAGUCUCUUUUCCCAGCCCAGCAGUUGAAGAAGGAGUCAGGAUUCUUCUGUUCUGGUUUUCAAGGUUGUUUAUUUUCUCUUAUCUAAUACAUUCUUUCUCUGAGGUCCAUUCAGCCCAAGGCACACUGCCUGCCCUCAGGGUGCUGUUAUCUUUUUAUACUAAAAACUACAUGUACUUUAUUUACAAUUAUUUUCCAAUACCUAUCACCUAUGUUAGACAGUCCAUCUCUACUCUAAACCAAUCCAAAAGUGCCACCAUCACAGCAGAAGAUGGAGGCCAAGAAGAAGAAGGAGAAAGAAGAAUCUGGGCAGGUCCAGUCUAUCUUGGGACCCUGAACCCCCAUUCUAAAAACCCCAAAAUUCUACUUUUCACCCUGUGACAAACUAACUGUCAUUCUACUUAAACUUUCGUGACUUGCAGAUCCUCAUAUAAGGUUGGUAACUUUUCCAUGGAUCAAAGGCACAGGGGUCUUGGGCUCUGUGCCAAGGUCUCUGAGCCCCCUGACAGGGGCUCGAGCCAUCCAGGGCAGCCAGAGGGAUGUCCUGGGUUCUGACAGGGGUGACCAUGCUCCUGUCUCGGGUCUCAUUCCCUGUCUGCAGCCAACUGCCAAGAGAUGGUGAACCUGCUCUGCUGCGUCCAGACCCUGACCGGCCACCUGAAGAGGAAGUGUCAGUGCAGGCCUGAGGACUGCAUCGAUCUUGUGGAUGAAAAGGGCACCCUGAUGAACCUGAGCAAAGAUCCUGUAUCUGAGUAUGCCAGUAAAUACCUGCAGGGAAGGCAGCGCUACAUCCUCGUCAGAGCUGGCCGUGAGUAAAACUCUGAAGCCAUGUGCUACAAAUCCUUGCUUGAGGACCUGGGGAAACACUACCCUGACCUCCCAGAUUGGCUGCAGCAGCUCUCAGGAAAGACUCAGAGCACAGAGCAGAGGAAGAAGGGCUCCUUGCAGAGGGCUCAGCCUCACACCAGCACCCGGGCCAGGAACAGGACCACCUCAGAGAGCAAGAGGAGCUUGGAACACAAGAGCACCCCUAAAGGAAGAAGAGACCAAUCACUGGUCACCCAGGCAGCACAGCCUCCACCAGGGCUCAAACACCUGCCCAGGGUCUUAUUCCAGCACAGCAAGAGUCCCCUGCUACUGAGCCCCUCUCCUGGGAUCCCGUCCCCCAGAGCUUCACACCCAUCCCAAGCUGCACCCUGA